AUGAGUUUCAAAUUCGAAAGUCGAAAACUACAGGAAAAAUGCGUUACGAACCCGCUAAUAGCUGCAUUUAAAAUGUUUAUAAAUGGUGACUUGAAAUCGCGCAAUCGUACUAUUGAUCGGACGCUUCUGAUGUUUAUUGCAGAUGCACUUUCAUCUGAUUUUUUAGCUGGCGUGUCGAAUCUACUCGGUGGCAUCACUUAUGAUGAAAAACAUCGAAUUACAGGGGCAAAAGCAAUAAUGCUGCCAUAUGCGUUACGACAUUCAACACCAUUCCAGGACGGUUUAGCAGAGAAGUGGGAACUGAAGUUAGCUGAUUUUCUGCUAAAAUAUAGUUCAAGGCUUAUUCGAGCUUCGCUGUGGACCUACGAGACGUUAGCUUCCGAAAGUGCAAAGGAUCGUGAACAAUUAUUGCGGUAG